AUGGGUGCCGCGCUGCUCGCCCUCCACCUGCUGCUCCUCGCCCUCCAGCUGAGCGCCUCAAGGCCCCAAAUCGAGGAGUCUCUGGAAGUGAGUCCCUGCGGGCGGGAUUCGCACCCGUGGCAAGUCUCUCUGUUCCGGAACCUGAAGUUUCGCUGCGCUGGGGUCCUGGUGGAUCGCUCCUGGGUGCUCACGUCCGCCACCUGCAUCGACAGUUGGCUGUGGGUCCGCCUGGGCGACUACAACCUGCUGCUGGUGGACGGCGGGGAGCAGCUGCGCCUGACCGACCGCUUCGUCACCCACCCGAACUACCGUCCCAACGCCAGCCCCACGCUGCCCCGUCGCGAACACGACAACGACCUGAUGCUCAUCAAGCUGCGGCGGCCCGCCACGUUGGGGGCCCGGGUCCGGACCCUGCCCUGGCCCGCCGUCUGCCCGCCGCCCGGGACCCUCUGCACCACCGUCGGCUGGGCCACCACCGUCCAGCCGCAAGUGAAAUACGCCAAGAACCUUUCCUGCGCGCCGGUCAAGGUCCUGUCCCAUGAGGAGUGCAGCCAGUCUUACCCCGGGGUCGUGACCCGAAACAUGCUGUGCGCCGGGCAGGCCGGAGGCCGUGACCCCUGCCAGGGGGACUCAGGAGGCCCGCUGGUGUGUAAUGGGACCCUGCAGGGAAUCCUCUCUUGGGGUGACUAUCCUUGUGGCGCAGGUCCGCACCCGGCCGUCUACACCAAAAUCUGCAGGUAUUCCUCCUGGAUCAACAAAAUCAUCAAGAACAACUGAACCUCCCCCGGACUGCCCUCCAUCCAGAGGGCGAAGAUUCCAGAAAAAUCCUCAAGAUUCUCACUGGUUCUUCCCCUUGUCUCCUUUUAAUAAUAAUAAUAAUAAUUGUGGUAUUUGUUAAACGCUUA